AUGUCAACUGAUACUUCAUAUCUCGAUAACUAUUCCCCAUUUAACGAUGCCGAUCUAAUGGAUGAGCUCCCUGAGAUUAAAAAGACACAACCAUCUGCUGCUCCAGCUAAACAUGACGAUGAAAUAACUCAGGAGAUGUUAGAUCAAAUGGAACAGCGUUUAAAUAUUAUGGAAGAAGAUCUUAAGAAUCAAGAACAAAGAACAGGCCCACUUGGAGGCUUUCUUCAUGAACCGGAACCAAAUUGGCCAAAAUUCUACCCAUUAGUUCAUUUUGAUAUCAACGAAGUUGAUGCAUCAUAUCGCUCAUAUGUUAAUGAAACAUUUUUCUCUUGGGUUUGCAUGCUUGUUACAUAUUUUCUUAAUUUCAUCGCAAGUCUUACUUUGCUUAGCGCUGGCGAUGCUGUUAAUUCUCCAGGUACAAAGAUAUCAUUAUCUGCACUUUAUUUCUUCUUCAUUUGCCCAAUUGCUCUUGAUUUAGACGCACUUUCUGUUUAUCGCGCUCUUAAGACAGCACCAUCCACAUUAGCCUUCACAAAAAUCUUCAUUUGCUUGGCUCUUACAUUAAUAUUCGAAUUUGUACUUGCAGUUGGUGCACAAUCCUCCGGCAGCGUCGGAUUGAUCACUACAAUCGAUCUUUUCGCCAGCAAAUGCGUAGGAACAGGCAUUUUCGGCAUUAUUGUUACUAUUUGCUUCGCCGUAACAAUUUUCUUCACUACAAAACUUUUGAUCAGGUUAUGGAAGUUCUUCAGAGGCACAGAACAGGGCGGACACAUGGACCAGGAUCUCAAGUUAACUGUUGCACAGUUUGUCGUAGAUACUCUCAAGAACAACGACAAUCAAGCUUAA